AUGGCCAAGCCCCGGCUGAUUAUCCUCAUUCGCCAUGCCCAAUCCGAGGGCAAUAAGAACCGCGAGAUACAUCAGACCAUCCCCGACCACCGCGUCAAGCUCACCCCCGAAGGCUGGACCCAGGCCCACGAGGCCGGCCGCCGCCUGCGCAAGCUGCUCCGCCCCGACGACACCCUCCAGUUCUUCACCUCGCCCUACCGCCGCACGCGCGAGACCACCGAGGGCAUCCUCGCCACCCUCACGUCCGACGACCCGGAGCCCUCGCCUUACCGCCGCUCCAGCAUCAAGGUCUACGAGGAGCCGCGCCUGCGCGAGCAGGACUUUGGCAACUUCCAGCCCUGCAGCACCGAGAUGGAGCGCAUGUGGCAGGAGAGGGCCGACUACGGCCACUUCUUCUACCGCAUCCCCGACGGCGAGAGCGCCGCCGACGCCUACGACCGCAUCAGCGGCUUCAACGAGAGCCUGUGGCGCCAGUUUGGCGACGACGACUUUCCCAGCGUCUGCGUCCUAGUCACCCACGGCCUCAUGUCCCGCGUCUUCCUCAUGAAGUGGUACCACUUCUCCGUCGAAUACUUCGAGGACCUCCGAAACAUCAACCACUGCGAAUUCCUCAUCAUGCGCAAGCAGGUCAACGGCAAGUACCACCUCGAAAACAAGCUGCGCACCUGGUCCGAGCUGCGGCGGGAGCGCGCGCAGGCCCUCAAGGACAAGGACAAGGAGGGCGGCGGCGGCGGCGACGCCUCCGGCUCCGGCUCCGAUAAGAACGCCAACGGCAACGGCGGCAGGGACGACUUCAAGCUGCAGCACACGCAGAGCUUCGUCGCCGUCCGCAGGUGGGGAGGCUGUCCGAACGGCUGCAACCACUCCGCCGCCUACAGGCCCCAUAACCAGGACUCGGACCACGCGCUGCAGCAGCAGCAGGAGAACAAGAACGGUGGCGGCAACGGCAACAACGGCAGUUCCAGUACCUCCACCCUCGCCGCCAGGAGACAGCAGCGUCACGUGUCGAGCAGCGGCGGCUCCGAAGACGACGACGACGACAGCCUGCAGCCCCCUCUCAAGGCCGUCAACAAGAGGGUCAACGUCGAGGCCGCCCGCGCCUUUGACGACAUCGUCUCCUCCCCCGACGGCACCCCGUCCUUCAUCACCGCCGAGGACCGCAUCCGCCACAUCAAAGCCACCCACAUGCACGUCGGCCGCGACGCCGGCGGCACCUACUCGGGCCACGCCUCCCUCGCCGGCAGCGACACCGAGGCCUCCGAGGACGAGGCCGCCCGCCGCCGGCGCGUCGUCGCCGCCGCCUCGCUCGACUCGCGCAUCAAGGCCGGCACCGCGCUGGCGAACCGCCUCGGCGACGAGCCGGGCACGGAUUGCAGCGCCGUCGAGGACCUGGACGACGUGGAGAGGGAGGACAGGAGCGUCAUGGGGAGCAUUUAUUAA